AGUAUCAAAACACCAACCUCCCCCAUUCACCAAACAAAACAAACACAAACCCAACACAAAGAUCACAAUAGCCUCGUUGUGACCAGAAAAACCAAGAAUCCACACACAUUCCCAUCAUCACCAAUGGCUUCCUUAUCCCUAAUCUCACCUCAGUCUCCAUCCACUCUCCGCCACAACAACACCAUCAUUGGCACACGCCUCCCAUCCACCUUCUUCCCCAACCCCACUUUCCGCAUUCGCCAAACAACCCCUUCAAUCAAAGCCUUCUCAACACCAAUCCCAUCACCAUUAACACAAGAUGAACUCAAAAAACUUGCAGCUGAUAAAGCCGUUGAUUACGUUAAAUCAGGUAUGGUUCUUGGCUUAGGCACAGGUUCAACAGCAGCUUUUGUUGUAUCCAAAUUAGGUGAACUUCUUUCCACUGGACAACUCACUAACAUUAUCGGUGUACCAACUUCUAAACGUACUGAAGAACAAGCUUUAUCACUUAAUAUCCCUUUAUCUACACUUGAUGAUCACCCACAUAUUGAUUUAGCUAUUGAUGGUGCUGAUGAAGUUGACCCAAAUCUUGAUCUUGUUAAAGGUCGUGGUGGGGCACUUUUAAGGGAGAAAAUGGUUGAAGCUGCUUCAGAUAAGUUUGUUGUCGUGGUGGAUGAUUCGAAAUUGGUGACGGGUCUUGGUGGUUCUGGUUUGGCAAUGCCUGUUGAGGUUGUGCAGUUUUGUUGGAAGUAUAAUUUGGUUAGGUUGCAGGAGAUGUUUAAGGAUGAGGGUGUCGAUGCAAAGUUGAGAUUGGAUGGUAAUGGGAAACCUUAUGUGACCGAUAACUCGAAUUAUAUUGUGGAUUUGUAUUUUAAGACACCUAUUAAGGAUUCUGCUGCUGCUGGGAAGGAAAUUGCGAGUUUUGAAGGAGUGGUGGAACAUGGUUUGUUUUUGGAUAUGACUACUGCUGUUAUUAUUGCUGGGAAGGAAGGUGUUAGUGUGAAGAGCAAAUGAAAGGUUUAAUCGAACCCGUGAGGUCUGAAGAACUUUUAACUUGUGUUUUGAGGUGCAAUUUUUAGACUUCAUUAUGGUUUUGAGGAAGUAGGGGUUGGUUGUUGUAACAUUAAUAAGUUUUGGCAUUUUUGUGGAGAUGUUUAGCAAUAAUUCAUACUUCCAUCGUGAUGUAAUUUGUAUAUUAGAACGGAAAAGAUAUGUUUUUUGUUGA